GGCUCGGCCACCAUCCUGACGGCCGACGAUGGGGAAGGUGACCAACGCAUCCGUCUCACUGGAGGGACGCCAGCUGCUGGAAGUGGACAAGCAGGAAGGUGUUCAUGUCGGAGGCUCUCCGGAGUACCUGGGUGUGAGUGUCUUCAAGAUCAAGGGCGACUACCGUGAUGGUAAGGAGACCCGCUUCUCACCAGCCCACUGUGUCACCAGCAGUACUUUCUCCUCUAGUGUUGAAUAUCCAGGCUACGUAAGAAUUACGUCGUAUUCUGCUUGAUGCAGGCGAGAAAGGAAAUGCAGACUACAUUUCAGCACUCUUGUCAGUGUUGAAACAGCAAGAGACUACCAUUGACAGAAUUGUUAUCACCCAUUGGCAUCCUGACCAUAUAGGAGGCUUAAUGGAUGUUCUUGGUUGCUUAGGAGGUUGUGUUAAAGUAUACAAAUUUCCUCGAGCUGAUGCUCCUGAUGAGCCCCUACAUGAGUCGGUUAGACUCAUAAAACUCAAGCACAAUGAUGAAAUCAAAACAGAAGGUGCAACUCUCAAAGUUCUUCAUACUCCAGGCCAUACCACUGACCAUGUUGUAUUAGCAGUGGAGGAGGAGGGGGCAGUGUUUAGUGGUGACUGUAUAUUAGGGGAAGGAACGGCAGUAUUUGAAGAUCUUCAUACAUAUAUGGCUUCACUAAAGUUAAUCAUGAACUUACAACCAAAGGUUAUCUUUCCUGGCCAUGGCCCGGUGAUAGAUGAUCCAGUGAUCAAAAUUCAGCAUUAUAUCGACCACCGCAAUGAAAGAGAGAGCCAGAUCCUUGACGUUCUUGCUAGCAAUCCAACUAAAUUUUUAUCAUCCAUGGAAAUAGUCAAGCUUGUUUACAAGGUCAGUGAAGCAGUUGCACAAAAACAAUUAUUGGUACUUUUCAUGUUAAAUGAUUAGAACUAUUUGUUUCAU